CAAGUGGUGCCGAAGGAAACCGGUGGUCCUCCGCCCGCCGCCGCGCAGGAUCCCCGUCCGCGCGCGUACAUACGCGACGACGGUUCAGUGUCGGCGGUCCCGUGUUUCGGCGCGCGAGUGCACUUGGCUCGGGGCGGUAGCGGCGAUCGUACGAGGGCGCCGGGUUUUCAGAUCGCGGAGUGAAGGAAGAUGGCUGAGGAAUGGUCGAGGUACAAAUUGAUCUACUUUAAUGCACGGGGUCGUGCCGAGCAUAUUCGCUACAUAUUCGCCUACGCGGGCAUCGACUACAUCGACGAGAGGAUCUCCAACGAUCGCUGGUCCGAGCUUAAGAAGUCGAUGCCUUACGGGAUGCUGCCAGUUCUGGAGAUAGACGGCAAGCCGAUAGCGCAAAGCAACGCCGUGGCGCGUUACCUGGCCCGCGAGCAUAAUCUCGCGGGCAAGGACGAAUGGGAAUCGAUGCUGUGCGACGUGCUGGUCGAUACCUUGGGGGACUUGAAACAAUUCAUCUUUCAAUAUCGCACGGAGGAGGAUCAUUUUAAGAAGGAGGAGAAGAAGGCGAAGCUCCUAAAGGAAACAAUACCGUUCUAUCUGAACAAGUUCGAGCAAACUGUUGCCGAGAACGGUGGCUACGCGGUCGGUUCUACGACCACGUGGGCGGACUUUGUGUUCACCGUGGCGCUGGAGAACUUUGAGAACAUUUUCGGCGCGACCGCCUUAGAGAAUUAUCCGGCGUUGCGCGGCCUGAAGAAGCGAGUGCACGAAAUUUCAGCGAUCGCCGACUGGCUGUCACGGCGACCUAAUACCGAGUUCUGAAAUGUCGCGUCGAACGACGGAAACCGGAAGGCGAGCAUCGACGGCAUCACAAACAAGUACAUAUCUGACGCUUGCAGCUCACUGUCCUGCAUCGCCGUGAUAUCGGCGAUCGAUCCGAUAUUAUCGGAUUAUUAAUCGCGGCGUAACACAACCACGAUGCGCUUCGGCGUCCAUUCCUUUGCAGCGUACUUUUAUUUGGCGUUAUAUUUACAUUUGAGUAAAAUUCUCGAAAAUAAAGUUCCUUUGUAAUUAA